UCUGAACCCGAACCCAGCUGUGUGUCUUUUAAGAGCAGUGGGUCAAAGAACAAUCCGUUAACCAACUUUAAAGAGAUCCGAGACAGAUCAUAUACGUGUGAGCCUGGGCGGGGACAUGUGUCCUUCAGGAGCGACUGGUCCAAUGAUCACCCACCGGUCAAUUUCAGGAGACAGCCUGCCUCUCAAUCAAAAGAGGACCAGCAGAACGCAGGCAUACCCAGUUCUCAGCCAACCAAGCAAACACAACUGGACUCCAUAUUUACGCUGCUGGAGGACAACGUUGUCGCGUUUGUGAAGAGGGAACUGCAAAAGAUCCAGAAGGCUUUGAGCUUGGAUUACCAAGACUUUUCAAGGAGCCAGAUUGAAGGCGAGGAGAGGGAGGAGGAGGAAGAUGAAGAGCACAGGAGGAGCAGCUCCGAGGCAUUUGAGACGAUCACGCUGUACUUCCUCAGGAGGAUGAAGCAGGACAACCUGGCUGACUGUCUGGAGAGCAAACUUUCUGCUGCACUUUGCCACCACCAUCUGAAAUCUAAUCUGAAGAAGAGGUUCCGGUGCGUGUUUGAGGGGAUCGCCAAAGCAGGAAGUCCAACCCUUCUGAACCAGAUUUACACCGAGCUCUACAUCACAGAGGGAGGGACCGGAGAGGUCAACGGUGAACAUGAGGUCAGACAGAUCGAAACAGCAUCCCGGUCACCGGACAAGCCGGAGACAACCAUCAGACAGGAAGACAUCUUUAAAGUCCCGCCUGGAGGAGAUCAACCAAUCAGAACAGUGAUGACAAAGGGCGUGGCUGGCAUUGGGAAAACGGUCUUAACGAAGAAGUUCACGCUGGACUGGGCUGAAGGCAAAGCCCACCAGAACAUCCACUUCAUAUUUCCAUUCACCUUCAGAGAGCUGAAUGUGCUGAAGGAGAAGAAGUUCAGCUUGGUGGACCUUGUUCAUCAUUUCUUUACUGAAACCAAAGAAAUCUGCAGCUUUGACCACUUCCAGGUUCUGUUCAUCUUUGACGGUCUGGAUGAGAGUCGACUUCCUCUGGACUUCCAGAACCAGGAGAUCCUGACUGAUGCUACAGAGUCAACCUCAGUGGAUGUUCUGCUGACAAACCUCAUCAGGGGGAACCUGCUUCCCUCUGCUCGCCUCUGGAUAACCACGCGACCUGCAGCAGCCAAUCAGAUCCCUCCUGAGUGCGUCGGCAUGGUGACAGAGGUCAGAGGGUUCACUGACCCACAGAAGGAGGAGUACUUCAGGAAGAGAUUCAGAGAUGAGGAGCAGGCCAGGAGGAUCAUCUCCAACAUGAAGACAUCAAGAAGCCUCCACAUCAUGUGCCACAUCCCAGUCUUCUGCUGGAUCACCGCUACGGUUCUGGAGGAUUUACUAAAAGCCAAAAUCGGACGAGAGCUGCCCAAGACCCUGACUGAGAUGUACAUCCACUUUGUGGAAGUUCAAGCCAAAGUGAAGAAGGUGAAGUACGACGGAGGAGCCGAGACGGAUCCCCCCUGGAGCCCAGAGAGCAGGAAGAUGAUCGAGUCUCUGGGGAAACUGGCGUUUGAUCAGCUGCAGAAAGGAAACCUGAUCUUCUAUGAAUCAGAUCUGACAGAGUGUGGCAUCGAUGUCAGAGCCGCCUCGGUGUGCUCAGGAGUGUUCACACAGAUCUUUAGGGAGGAGAGAGGAGGGCUGUUCCAGGACAAGGUGUUCGGCUUCGUCCAUCUGAGCGUUCAGGAGUUCCUGGCGGCUCUUCACGUCCACAUGUCGUUCGUCAAGCUCGGCGUCAACCUGCUCGAAGAAAAACACCCAACGCUCAACUGGUCGGCCAUUUUCAAGCAGCCAAAACAAAAGCACCUGCACCUGGUUGCCGUGGACAAAGCUUUGGAGAGCCCCAACGGUCACCUGGACCUGUUCCUCCGGUUCCUCCUGGGUCUCUCGGUGCAGCACAAUCAGACUCUCCUGCGAGGCCUGCUGGCACAGACGGGGAGCAGCUCACAGGCCAAUCAGAAGAUAGUCCGCUACAUCAAGGAGAAGAUCAGCGAGAAUCAGUCCGCUGAGAAGAGCAUCAACCUGUUCCACUGUCUGAACGAGCUGAACGACCGAUCUCUGGUGGAGGAGAUCCAGCAGUCUCUGAGCUCUGGGAGUCUCUCCACCGGUCAGCUGUCGUCUGCUCAGUGGUCCGCUCUGGUCUUCAUCCUGCUGUCAUCGGAGAAAGAUCUGGAUGUGUUUGACCUGAAAAAGUACUCUUCUUCUGAGGAGGCUCUUCUCCGGCUGCUGCCGGUGGUCAGAGCCUCCAGAAAAGCUCUACUAUGCGACUGUAACCUUUCAGAAAGAAGCUACGAGGCUCUGUCCCACAUUCUCUGCUCUGAGUCCUCUAACCUGAGAGAGAUGGACCUGAGUAACAACAACAUCCAGGAUUCUGGGGCGGCGCUGCUGCUGUCUGGACUGAAGAGUCCGAGCUGCAAACUAGAAACUCUCAGACUCCAAUCAUGUAACCUCUCUCUGAGAACUUGUGGAGCUCUGGCACUCAUUCUUAGCUCCCAGUCCUGUUGUCUAACAGAAGUUGACCUACGAGACAACAACCUGCAGGACCUGGGGGAGGAGUCACUUAACGGUGAACUGAAAAUCUCCAAUUGUACACUUGAAGUUUUCAGGGAGCCUGCAGGAGUCCGAUGGUUGAAACCAGGACUGAGGAAGUAUUCCUGUCAGCUCUUGAUCGACACAAACACGGUGCACAGAAACCUCAAACUGUCUGGAGGCAACAAGAAGGUGACGCGUGUGAACGAGCGUCAGUGCUAUCGUCAACAUCCAGAGAGAUUUGAUGACUGGCCUCAGCUGCUGUGCACUGAUGGUCUGACUGGCCGCUGUUACUGGGAGGUUGAGUGGGAAGGAGGGGCUUUUAUAUCAGUGAGCUACAGAGGAAUCUGCAGGAAGGGACGCAAUGACGAUUGUGUGCUUGGCUGGAAUGAUCGGUCCUGGAGUCUACACUGCUCUGGUGAUCGCUACUCUGUAUGCCACAACAACAGAGGAAUCCCCAUUCCCUCCUCUUCCUUCUCCUCUUCCAUCUCUAACAGAGUAGCGGUGUAUGUGGACUGUCCUGCUGGCAUCCUGUCCUUCUACAGAGUCUCCUGUGACUCACUGAUCCACCUCCACACCUUCAACACAACAUUCACCGAGGCUGUUUAUGCUGGAUUUGCAGUCUGGUCCCCCGGUUCCUCAGUGUUUCUGUGUUGAGUUGAGCAUAAAGGGUCUCUUCAAAGAGAGAGGAAAAACUCAUGAACCCAACAAAUGUCAGGUAAUCAUGUUUUAAUGCAGUGCAGAACACAGGAAAAUAAUCUCAAACACUGACCCAGGUAGGAAGGACUUGGUCAACGACCCGAUUUUCAGCACCUUGGACAGCUCAUCAGCUUUCCAAGAUGAAGAGGAUCUUGAAACUCCGCCCCUUUUCUUUCAGUCUUUGUUAAAUCCUGGAAUGGUUUAACUUUAUCUUAGUCCACGUAAGACAUUCAUGUACGUGUGAUUACAUUCACACACAGAACUUGACUCUACACGGGUGGAAAACUUGACAAUAAAUCAAGAUGUAUAGACUAAACACAGAUCAUCUGGGACAAGAUGCUGGUAGAUGAAAUGUACCUGAAGCAUUAAAAAACAAGUGACAUUCCAUUUCUAACCAGAUUAAUCCUGCUUUUUUGGACUUUCCUCUUCCUGAGUUCAAAGCUGAACUUUAUGUUUAUAUAAUUGCUAACUUAAUUCCCAUAAUACCUGACAUUUAUUCUCUCAAUUUCCUCCAGUGUAUAAUUUUUUUUUUGCAUGUUGAAAUAAUGUUUAUGUUGAGCACAGGAUCAUAGUGUCACAAUUACCUCAACUAUGUUUAGCACAAACUAGAAAAUAUAUUUCAAAAGUAAUUGCAAAUUUCUAUCAAAGAGCAGGUAAUCUAUAUAUCAACCUGCUAAGGAAUCGUUUUAAGUAUGUUUACCAAAGCCUGUUGGUUUUAUAUCAGUCAUCCUGCAGAUUAUUACACCUGUAACCUUUGAGGUAGAUGUGGUCAUUUGUUCUCAUUUGGAAGAUAGAUGUUUUGUUGAAGUACAUCAUUUUUUAAGUUUUUCAUUGUUAUUCCCUUACAAUGUAAAAGUAAGGGAAUAACAAAAAAGCAUAUUGAAAUAUUUAUAUGGCACUCUGGCUUCUCUUCUUUGGCUUUUUGUCCUGUUUUAGUUAUGUUAAAUAUGUUUUUCAGUGUUUUAUUUCUUUAUACCCAAAUCCUUAAUACGAGGUUUUUUUUCAGUCAGAAAGCUGGGAAUAUAAAACAAUCAUUCUUUACAAAGCAGUAAAAUAACUAUCAUUGCAGAUAUUUUUUUAAAUUUGAAGCAAUGCUUGUGGAAGUAUCGGUGCUCCCUCUAGUGGACGGGGUAGUUGUUGCAGACAGUAACUGAGUUGGGACCCUGCACAGACUUUAAGCACAUUCUUUAUUUUCCUCCACAGGCUGCAGAGUCUGUUUAGAUUAACAUGUAUUAUUCAUUCAUGUUUCUCCUUUGAAAAUGUGUAAAAUAAUGCGCGCUAAAUGUGAGAUCUCCUGCAACUUUACACUUGUUUAGCUCAGAUUACUUAAACUCUAACGCUGUGAAGUGACUUAGCGAAAACAAAGACUGCUCAUAGAGGGAAAGUGUUUCAGCUGUGUGAUCAAACAGCUCAGUCAUUUCUCUGAAAUCAACUUCAGUUUCA